CACAUCUCAUCUUCCAUACAAUAUUGAAACCAUCAUUAUGAGGGAAACUUUCCGUGCUAUGCUUGUUCUAGUUGCUAUAUUGUUCUUUGGAGCUGCAGAGUUUUGUUCCGGUCGGAACACAAGCUUUAGCUGUAUAGAAAGGGAGAGAGAAGCCCUUUUGAAAUUCAAACUUUGUUUCCAUGAUCCAUCGCAUAUGUUGUCUUCUUGGAAAGGACAUGACUGUUGUGAAUGGAGAGGUGUAGAUUGUGACAAAAAUAGUAGAUAUGUUACCUCGCUUCAACUCAGGGGAUCAAUAUCUUAUCAACUUGAUUGGUAUAAACAACCUCAAUUGUGCUUGAUGGACGAUGUAGAGGAGGUUGUUUCAAGUUUGCUCAAGCUAAGCUACUUGGAACACCUGGACUUGAGCAACAAUAAUUUUAGUGGUAAUCUUAUUCCACCCUCCUUUGGCUUGAUGAAGCAGCUAAGGUACCUAAAUCUCUCUAAUGUGCAAUUCAGAGGAAGAAUUCCUAACGAACUUGGAAAUCUUACAAGGCUUCGUGUUCUUGAUCUUUCUCAAUAUCAUUAUGAGGGAUUGAAGGUUAAUGAUGACAUUCAAUGGAUUUCUCAUCUCUCCUCUUUGCAACGACUUGAUAUGAGUGGAGUAAAUCAAAGCCGUGCAUCAUCAAACUUGUUUCAGGUACUCGGCAUGCUUUCUUCAUUAUCAUGGUUGAGUCUGUCAGACUGUAGUCUAAAAAGUUCUCACCUACCAUCUCACAACCAUCUUCUUAAUUUCACAUGGCUUGGAAAUAUUCAACACUUCGAUAUUUCAGAAAACUCUUUUCAUGGUCCCAUACCUACUUUUCUCCAAAACAUGACUUCAUUGACAUUUCUUGAUAUGAGUGGAGUAAAUCUAAGCCUUACAUCAUCAAACUUGUUUCAGGUACUUGGUAUGCUUCCUUCAUUAUCAUGGUUAAGUCUGUCAAGCUGUAGUCUUAAAAAUUGCCACUUGCCAUCUCCCAACCAUCCCUUUAAUUUUACGUUGCUUGGCAAUAUUCAACACUUAGAUCUUUCAAAUAACUUUUUCCAAGGUCCAAUACCUAUAUUUCUCCAAAACAUGACUUCCUUGAUAUUUCUUUAUCUUUCUAGCAAUCAAUUGAAUGGGAGUAUUCCAAAUAGCAUGGGGCAAAUGUCUAAGUUAGAAAGUAUAGAUCUUUUUGAUAAUCAAUUGAGUGGGACUAUUCCAAAUAGCAUCGGGCAACUCUCUAAGUUAAAGAGCAUAGAUCUUUUUGAGAAUCAAUUGAGUGGGAGUAUUCCAGGUAGCAUCGGGCAACUCUCUAGGUUAAAGAGCAUAGAUCUUUCUGAGAAUCAAUUGAGUGGGAGUAUUCCAGAUAGUAUCGGGCAACUCUUUAAGUUAGAGAGCAUAUAUCUUUUUAGCAAUCAAUUGAGCGGCAGUAUUCCAGAUAGUAUCGGGCAACUCUCUAAGUUAGAGAGCAUAUAUCUUUUUAGCAAUCAAUUGAGCGGGAGUAUUCCAGAUAGUAUCGGGCAACUCUCUAAGUUAAAGAGCAUAUAUCUUUUUGAGAAUCAAUUGAGUGGGAGUAUUCCAGGUAGUAUCGGGCAACUCUCUAAGUUAAAGAACAUAGAUCUUUCUGAGAAUCAAUUGAGUAGGAGUAUUCCAGAUAGCAUCGGGCAACUCUCUAAGUUAGAGAAUAUAGAUCUUUCUGAGAAUCAAUUGAGUGGGAGUAUUCCAGAUAGCAUCGGGCAACUCUCUAAGUUAGAGAAUAUAGAUCUUUCUGAGAAUCAAUUGAGUGAGAGUAUUCCAGAUAGCAUCGGGCUACUUUCUAAGUUAGAGAGCAUAUAUCUUUCUAGCAAUCAAUUGAAUGGGAGUAUUCUAGAUAGCAUCAAUCAACUUUCUAAGUUAGAGAAUAUAGAUCUUUCUAGCAACCAAUUGAGUGGGAGUAUUCCAGAUAGCAUCGGGCAAUUUUCUAAGUUAAAGAGCUUAUAUCUUUCUCACAAUCAAUUGAGUGGGAAUAUUCCAAAUAGCAUCGGGCAGCUUUCUAAGUUAAAGAGCAUAUAUCUUUCUCAUAAUCAAUUGAAUGGGAGUAUUCCAAAUAGCAUCUGGCAACUCUCUAAGUUAGAGAGUAUAGAUCUUUCUAGCAAUCAAUUUGGAACAAGAUUUCCUAAAUGGCAUCAAUUACAAGAGACGAUACGCUUAGUUGAUCUCUCUAAUGCUAGCAUCUCAGGUCCUCUUCCAGAAAAUAUAGGUCAUAUGAUGCCAAUGUUGUGGGGAUUAUAUCUUGCAAAUAACUUCAUGAAUGGUUCAAUUCCAAAGUCACUAUGCAAUGUACAAACAUUGACAGCACUUGAUCUCUCAAACAAUAUGUUAUCUGGAAAUAUUCCAAAGUCACUAUGCAAUUCAAAAGAUUUGAUAUUUCUUCAACUCUCAAACAAUAUGUUAUCUGGAAAUAUUCCUAAUUGUUGGAGAAAUGAUCAAUCAUUCCAGUUUAUUGAUCUAUCUUCCAACAAUCUUUCAGAUCUUGCUGAUAAUAAUCUGACAGGAAGAAUUCCUCCUUGUUUUGAAAAGUUUCCGAUUAUGGUGAAUGCAACACAAUUGAGCCAUGACAUAGGUAAUGAAUAUUGGGAUCAAGACCCUCCAGUGGAUGUUCUGCUUUUUAGAUACAUUGAGCAUUGGGAUUUGGCACCUUUGAUGGAGGUUGUAAAAGGGAGAUACCUUGAGUAUAUAAGAAUAACUCUAAGACUUGAGAUUAGUAUAGAUCUUUCGAGUAACAAUCUAAUAGGAUCCAUACCAGAGGAGCUAAUUUUCCUUAAGAAUUUGCACAAUUUGAAUCUGUCUUGGAAUCAUCUCUCAGGAAAUAUCCCUGAAAAAAUUGGACAAAUGGAGAAUUUAGAAUCUCUCGAUUUCUCCAAGAAUAGCCUCUCAGGAAUGAUCCCGAACAGUAUGUCAAGUUUAACCAAGUUAAGCUACCUCAACUUAUCUUACAACAACUUGUCAGGGCCAAUUCCAACAGGCUAUCAGCUCCAAACACUCGAAGAUCCAACCAUGUAUGCUGGCAAUCCUCAACUCUGUGGAGUUCCACUCUUAAAGAAAUGCUCAAAUGAUACAUUGCCUCCAACAAUCGCCAACUUCAAGGGCAAUAAUGAAGGUGCACUUAAAAGAAUGUGGUUUUACAUUGUCGUGAUGUUAGGUUUUGCAACUGGAUUUUGGGGAGUUGUGGGAACUUUGUUUUUUGUGAAAAAUUGGAGAUAUGCUUAUUUUCAAUGGAUGGAUGAUGUCCAACACUGGAUACUUGUGGUUAUAACAUCGAAGGUGGCACAAUUCAAGAAGAUGUUCAAUGGCGACCAAGAUGAUCAAUAAGUUAUAUAUGGCGUAUGUUGUUGUUGCUACAUUAAUUAUUAAGUUAGUUGGACAACACCAUAUUACAGGUAAUAGUGUCGAGUCCAACUUUGAAUGACCCAACAUUGAAUCGGUCAAUUUUAAAUGAACACAUUAGUAUUAGAGUUUGUAAAAUUUUCAAUAAUAUAACAUAGGUUGUAAU